AUGUAACAACAGGACCCAGUGCGCCGUCGUGGCCGGACCCGACGUCUUUCCCGACCCGUGCCCGGGAACCUACAAAUACCUGGAGGUCCAAUACGAAUGUGUACCCUACAAAGUGGAACAAAAAGUAUUCCUGUGCCCAGGGCUUCUGCGCAGGGUCUACCAGAGCGAGCACCUCUUCGAGUCGGACCACCAGUCCGGAGCCUGGUGCAAAGACCCUCUACAGGCCUCCGAUAAGAUCUACUACAUGCCGUGGACGCCCUACCGCACCGACACCCUGACCGAGUACUCGUCUAAAGAAGACUUCAUCGCCGGAAGGCCGACGACCACCUACAAGCUGCCGCAUCGCGUCGACGGGACCGGCUUCGUGGUCUACGACGGGGCGCUCUUCUUCAACAAGGAGCGCACUCGCAACAUCGUCAAGUUCGACCUGCGAACUCGUAUCAAGAGCGGCGAGGCUAUCAUAGCCAACGCCAACUACCACGACACAUCUCCGUACCGCUGGGGAGGGAAGUCGGACAUCGACUUGGCCGUAGACGAGAACGGCCUUUGGGUGAUUUACGCCACCGAGCAAAACAACGGGCGGAUUGUGAUCAGCCAGCUGAACCCCUACACGCUGCGAGUCGAGGGCACCUGGGACACGGCGUACGAUAAGCGCUCGGCGUCCAACGCCUUCAUGAUCUGCGGGAUCCUCUAUGUGGUAAAGUCGGUGUACGAGGACGACGACAACGAAGCGACGGGGAACAAGAUCGACUACAUCUACAACACAGAGCUGAGCAAAGACGGGUUUCUGGACAUCCCCUUCCCCAACUCCUAUCAGUACAUCGCCGCUGUGGAUUAUAACCCCAGGGACAACCUGCUGUACGUUUGGAACAACUACCACGUUGUCAAGUACUCGCUGGACUUUGGAGCGCUGGACAACAGACUCGAAACCUCCUCCUCUGUGAUGGUGUACAUGGACACCACGACCACGACCACGAGGACCACCACCAGACCUACCACCGUUACCAUGACGACCACCACCAGCAGGACCACCACCACCAAGGCCCCCUCCACGACCACCGCCCUGGCCCAGUGGCCGCGGACCACGACGACGGUGGCGCCGCCAGUCCAGACGCUGGUGGAGGGUCUGGAUCCGGAAGACGACUUCAGGGCGCCGCCUUCGUCCAAGCUGCCCAACAUCCGGGUGGAGUACUGCAACCCCCUGGUGAUGAUGGACGUCUCCUGGCCCAAGACCAAGCAGGGCGUGUUGGCCAAGAUGCCCUGUCCACCCGGAACCAUAGGUGUGGCUUCGUACUUGUGCGUCGGUCCGGAGGGAUACUGGGACCCGCAGGGGCCUGAUUUCAGCAACUGCACCUCCCCGUGGGUCAACCUCAUCAGCCAGAAGCUGAAAGCCGGAGAGACGGCGGCGGUCAUUGCCCGGGAGCUGGCGGAGCAGACCAAGAGCAACCUGCAGGCGGGGGACAUCACCUACACGGUGAAGGCCAUGGUGCAGCUGGUGGACCUGCUGGACGUGCAGCUGAGGAACCUGACGCCGGGCGGCAAAGACAGCGCAGCACGGAGCCUCAAUAAGCUGCAGAAGAGAGAACGCUCGUGUCGGUUUUAUGUUCAGGCCAUGGUGGAGACGGUCAACAAUCUGCUGCAGCCGCAGGCCCAGGCGGCGUGGAGGGAGCUGAGCACCGGCGAGCAGCUGAGGGCCGCCACCAUGCUGCUGGACACGGUGGAGCAGGGCGCCUUCGUCCUGGCCGACAACCUGCUCAAGACGGACAUUGUGCAGGAGAACACCGACAACAUCCAGCUGGAGGUGGCCAGGAUGAGCACGGACGGAAACCUGCCCGACCUGAAGUUCCCUCAAACCGGAGGCCAAGGCAACUCCAUCCACCUGUCGGCCAACACGCUCAAGCAGCACGGACGGAACGGCGAAAUCCGAAUAGCGUUCGUCCUGUACAAACACAUCGGGGUGUACCUGUCGACGGAGAACGCCAGCAUGAAGCUGGGCAGCGAAGCCAUGGCUACCAAUUACUCCGUCAUUGUCAACUCUCCGGUUAUCACAGCCGCCAUCAACAAGGACUCGAACAAAGUCUACCUCUCUGACCCGGUCAUUUUCACCAUCAGACAUCUGCAGCAAUCUGAGGAGAACUUCAACCCCAACUGUUCGUUCUGGAGCUACUCCAAGCGAACCAUGACGGGCUUCUGGUCGACGCAGGACUGCCGCUUGCUGGGAACCAACCGGACCCACACCACGUGCUCCUGCACACACCUCACCAAUUUCGCCGUCCUCAUGGCCCACGUGGACGUCAAG